AACAACAAAUCGAGUGUCAAGCACGUGUUUCUUGUCAUUAUAGGAGGGGAUUUUUUUGUUUGUCGUUAUCGGAUGUGGACUACACAAAACUGACGACACCAAAACAACCCAGGGUGCACGUUUCUCUGUCUUUAAGCAGAUGACAAGUGUGCCAGGUUGUGCUUUCGAUCGCAUACCUGUGCUAACUACGAUGCAGGAAGUUGUUUGACAGCCACACUUAGCCUUCAGGGAACAUACGGCGCAUUAUAUGCAGCGAAUGAACAUGGUGUAAUCUUAUCUACAUAACUUGCAUCAUGAUUACCGUGAAUGUGAAAUUUCACAGCAAUUGUGCAGUUCUUGUUGAAAUUAACCCCGACAGCAGCUUGCAUGAAAUCAAAAGAGAAAUAUCAAAGAAGGUCAAUUUGCCACUGGAAGAAGUCAAGAUUAUAUUUGGGGGGAAAAUUGCUGACGGACGAUUGUGUGUUUCAAGAUUUGGAUUUUGGUGAUCAAAGCACUCUCCAUAUCUUCAGACAGAUAUCAGGGAGUGAAAAAACUCUGACAUCAGAAGCAAGCGAGGAAAGAGAGCUCAAGAACCAGUACUAUGUGUACUGUAAGGAAUGUAGAUCAAUACAGCCAGGCAAGCUUAGGGUCAAAUGUGCUACAUGCCAGGAUGGGGCCUUUGUUCUCAGCAGGGACCCCGAGGGCUGGAGCGAUGUGUUGCAGUCAAGGAGCAUGGGUGGGGAGUGUCGGAAUGAUGGCUGUGAAGGGACAACUGCGGAGUUUGUGUUCAAAUGUGGCAAGUCCCACGCUGAUGGCAUAUCAGCUGUCGUUCUACGACAUGUCCGACCAAACAGACGGGAGGUUGAGUGCAUUACCUGUGCAGAUGUGAGAUCUCCUGUGCUGGUGUUCCCCUGUGAGUCAGGACACGUGAUGUGCAUCGAAUGCUUCAAAAUAUAUGGAAUCACCCAGUUGAGUGAACGCAGGUUCAUUAAGCACCCAGAGCAUGGGUACACCCUGCCUUGCCCAGCUGGCUGUCCCAGCUCGGAGAUCCAGGAGAGCCACCAUUUCCACCUACUGGGAGAUGAGCAGUAUGAACGGUUCAACACGUUCGCUACAGAAGAGUAUGUACUACAAGAUGGUGGCGUGCUGUGUCCAGGACCAGGAUGUGGGAUGGGCUUCGUCCUUGACACAGCGGGGAGGAAAGUCACCUGUGUUGCCAAGGACUGCAUGAUGACAUUUUGUCGUGACUGCAAGAAUGAGUACCAUGACGGGCCUUGUGAUGUCAACCCUCUCCUCACACUCUCACCUCUGGACUACUUGGUGGACCCACUCCAGGCUGACGGUCUCUGGGAGGACCAGUCUCGAACGCUGAUAGACCGCACCACCAAGCCCUGUCCAAAGUGUGGCUCCAGGACUGAGAGAAACGGUGGUUGUAUGCACAUGCUGUGUCCACGGUGCGGGGAAGACUGGUGCUGGGUGUGCAACAAGGUGUGGGAUCGGGACUGCCAAGGCCAGCACUGGUUUGGAUAGUGUGCAUAUCCUUCCAGAUAGUGAUUACAAUAAUAAUAUACAGGAUAUACAAUUCGGGAAGAAACCUCCUAUAUUUUCAUACACUCUGAACCUCCACCAUUCAUAUGUAUAAAUGAUAUUGAUGUCAUGUUGAUAUAUGUGUGAAAUAUUCCAGAGACCUGCUGAAAUGGUAUUUGAUGGCUAUGUUGUAUGUGAUGUCAAGAGUGAGAUGCUAUGCUGUUGCCAUUGGAAACUCACAAAACAUGAUAUUCACGGCUAGAUUUAAGCAUUUAGAACUUGCACUGGUGCAGCCUGAAACUGCAAAAUGCAACCUCAUACUUAUACCGGUACCAACUGGCACCCACUGCAUGUUUUUAUUUUUGCUGCUCAAAGAACACAGACUUCAGUUUGAAAACAGAAUGGCAAGGAAAUGACUUGGAGCAGUGACUCUGAUGGCUGCAUGGACAGUAAGACCAUGACCGUUAGUGUUCAUAUGAUGGAAUUUUAUUAAGUUAGAUAAAGUGACCUCAUCAGACUCUUACUAAUUUUGUCUCAGCACCAGAUGCAAACUGUUUUUGUCUGGUGCUACAAGGUUAAUACCAGUUGGAAGUAGGUUUCCUGUUUUUAAAUCAAGCCCUGAUAUCUGUUUCAGUUUCUACUAUCAGCAUGGUGAUCUCACUCUGUACACAAAAAUAGACAGUAUUCUUCAGGAAGUUAACAUGGGAAAGUAUUUUUAGAUGUCUUUUACAUAUAGAAAUAUAUGGUAAGUGAUGCUCAGGUUUAUUCAUGGGCCAUGUUUCACAAAGCAAUAUUGGAGUUACGACCAUCAUAAGCAAAUGUU